UUGACCUGGUAACAUUAAGCCGUGGUGCUUAACCUCACCAAAUACUGUUCACAAAAGCACUCUGGGGAAGGGGAGCUAUUUGGCAUGCUCUGUUUUGCUGUGCUAUGUCAUAUCAUAACUGGUCCUGGCCACACCUAGUGCAUUAGUCCUCGUGCGGGCUGCAAACACCACCUCAUUACUUCUGGCUCCCGGAUGAGCAGAGCAGAAAGGGAUCAAACUACAGCAGAAACCCGUUAGAAGGCAGAAAUUCAAGGGGCAGCUGCAGAAGAACUAGAGAGAAACAGGAACUUUACAAAGUAGAGCCCAUCAUCUACCAGGAGAGCAGGAGGAGCACAGAGGCAGCCAGCCCCAGAGACCCUACCUGCACAGUGCCAGGGAGAACCAUGCCGGACUCCUUCACCAUCCACUUCCUGAAGGUGCUGAGGGAGCUGCUGGCCUUCGUGCUCUUCAGUUACACCGUGUUGGUCGGGGCGCUGCUGCUCGCUGGAUGGACAACGUACUUCUUGGUGCUUAAAUGAGCCCUCUCCAAAGGGAACAGGCUCCAUCGUGCAGCUCAUCCUGCGCAUCUGCUCAUCACAUGAGGUCCCUUCCUCCUGCAAGUGUUUUGUUUCAUUACUGCCUAAUCACAGUCUUAUUUUCUUAUGUAAAAACAAUAAAGGUUCCCAAAGCAUCUA